AUGAGUUGUUUCGGGGGAAAAGAGGAGCAGCUCUACCUGCUAGAGUUGAUGGUCGGUAAGCUGCGACUCCUUCCCGAGAAGAUGAAAGACGUAGGUGAUCGUCAUCUUGUCAUCAAGAUUAAGUUCGUCGAUUUCCCAGUCUUCGAGAUAUCGAGGGGUGACUUCACCUCGACCAAACCUUCACCGCCCGACACUGAAGAUGGAUCGCUCGAUUUCUCGGCAGGGAAAUCUUGCCUCUUUACCAAGCAGCCGCGAGACCUGGUGCUAGGAAUGCAGUCCAAUCCCCUUAGAGUAGGCGUCUUCUGCACAGGCGAUACUUACCCGAUCGCAGAAUCCGAAGUUCCGAUGUCCGGGUGCCUCUGCGACCAGGUCGCCAUGGCGAUGAACGACCCGGAUCAUUUGCCGAAGCCGUACACGCUGAAGGGUGGCUUCCACCUCAAGGAUCCAGGCGACAAUCCGUCCGGAAUCGUCAGCCUUGACUUGAGACUGACGUGCUUCGGAAAGUCGAUCACCACGCACUACCAACUCCAGCCCAAGUCCUUCCUGUUCAAAAACGACAAAGAGAGGGGUGAAUUCUGCGUGAGACGCGUUGUUCCACCGCCACUUUGCGGCGAUCAAUCGAUCAAGGUCAUCGAAGAUGGGCAAGAGAUGCAAGUUGGUAAGUGCGGUGACAGCAUGCUGCCUGACACCCUUGUCGAAGAUGUACUUCCAGAACCGCCUGUACCGGUGAAGGAAGAGAAAAUUACGAAAGGAGCCAAAGGCGUGAAGAAAGAGAAAUUGCCAAAAGGUGAAAAGGGCAAAAAGAAGGCAGCCAAAGCGUGA